AUGGAUGCACCACCAAGAUGUCCUCGCUCUGAUCCUGUUCACCCUCACAGUCUUUGCCGUCAAGACAACCCUCCUCUACGAGAAUGUUGUUGGUGCGGACCAGAUGCUCAAGAGUUUGUCGAUGGUGGCUGGCAUUACAGUUGUGAUAUUUGUGAUCUUGUGUUCCACGACGACUGUAACAUCUUUCUGCCGGGUAUAAGACACCCUUACCACCUCAACCACUUCCUCUACCUAACGUUUGAAUACGCAGACAUGGAAUUCAAGCCAUGCCGAAAUCAAGAUGAGUUCAAUGAAGCACACAACAAGCUACAGUCUGCAAGUCCUGAAUCCUUGAAAUCAUGUGACUGGUGUGGAAAAGACCUCGGGGUACUUUAUUACCGCUGUCUUGUUUGUGGUUUUAGUUUGGAUGAUUCUUGCAUCAAGGAAGAUCCUCUUUUUACCAUCACAAACCCAAAGAGCCAUCAACACUCCCUCACCUUAUUUCCAAGACCACUCUUGGUACGUUGUAGUGCGUGUGGGUUGGGCGACCAUAAACAGGAUCCGGGUUAUCUUUGUCUACCAUGCAACUAUGUUGUCCAUAAAACUUGCAUCGAUCUACCACGCGUCAUAAAGCUUACACGUCAUCCACACCGUCUCUCUUAUAUUCCUUAUCUACCACCACCUGCAAAGCGGUCAUGUGGGGUUUGUCGUAGAAAUGUUGACGUAAAGCAUGGAAUGUUCUCUUGCAACAAGGGCUGCUCCUACGCUAUUCACUCAAAAUGUGCGACCCACAAAGAUAUAUGGGAUGGAAUAGAUCUAGAAGACGUACCUGAGGAACCUCUUGAAGAUCUUGCUCCAUUCGAAGAAGUAGGUUACAAUUUAAUCAAGCAUUUCAGUCACGAGCAUCCUCUUAAACUUGAUGCGGAGGGGCUUGCCCAUGACGGAAGCAAGGAAUGUCAAGCGUGUUGCAGACCUGUUGAGCUUGAUGGUUUCUACAGCUGCACGAUCUUGGAUUGCGAUUUCUUUCUCCAUGCACCAUGUGCUAAUUUCCCUAAAAAGAAAGAGCAUCCGGUUCAUAAGCACCCUCUUAUGCUACAACCAGCUGAAAGAAACGAUAGGAAUUGUUGUCUUGCUUGUACAAGAGUGUACACUGGCUUCAGCUACGCAUGCUUCCAGAGCUCUUGCACCUACAACGACGACGACAGCGAAGAUGACGACAGCAUCUUCAAGGAAAUGUUUGACGACGACGACAACAUCUUCAACAUCUUUCAAGACGACGACGAUGACGAAGACAUUGACAAGGACGACGACAACGACCACAUCUUUAGAAUGGAUGUGCGAUGCGCUUCGGUUAGUGAACCGUUUGAACAUAAAGUUCAUCCACAUCCCUUGUUUCUCUUUUCUGGAAGAGAUAGCUCAUCUACUUGUGGGAUUUGCCGUGAAAGGGGUAAGAGUAUUUUCACUUUAACGUGUAAUGAUUGCAAAUACAUCAUGUGUUUUAAGUGUGCCACUAUACCUGUUGUGAUACGCUACAAGCACGAUGAACAUCUCCUCACUCUUUCUGGUGGUGAAGAUUCUAGUGAUCCAUACUGGUGCGAGAAAUGUGAGAGAAAAAUAGAUCCAAAGAAAUGGUUCUACACUUGCGAUAAAUGUUGCACCACUCUCCACAUUGAUUGUUUAUUUGGGGAUUCCAGCUAUAUCAAGCUUGGUUGGAGUAUGGACGUAGGAGAUGAUGAUGAUGAUGAUGAUGAUGGAUUGAUAUUUAUUUCCAACAAUGGUAACUCUCGACCAACCUGCGACCAAUGUGGUGUCCGUUGCCAGUCUCGCGGAUAUUUCACAGUGGAAGAUGUAUGUUUAUGCUCUAUCAAGUGUAUGUCGAAUUUUAGUGAGUGA